CUUUAUCAGUGGUAAAAAUAUCGUCCAUAUAGUGGAGAUAUUCAAAAAGGUAGGAGAAAUAUAUCCAUGCUUAUAUAUUCAUUAGUGACAUAACGAGGAGAUCGUAAGUGGUAGGACAAUACCCUAAGAUUGUGCGGAAAAUCCAUGCAAUAUAGUCUUAACAUUUUUCUUUCUUCUGGGGAUAGGACAACGCCUAGCAUAGCCUACUCUUAGUUACGUUACUAAUAUUCCUAUUAAUUCUUUGGAAUAAUCAAUGUCCUGAUCUUUUAUUUUAUUAACCCCUUUCUAUGUUUCUAUAUGAAGAAAGCUGUCAACUAUUGCUAUACAUUAUCUAAUUAUACCUUUGAACAAUUUUCUUUCUAUAAAGAAAAUAUUUUCUUAAGGGGAUACACAACCAACAAAUCUUUAAAUUAGUUAAUUGAGUUCUUUUUAUUCUAGAUGAAAUUAUUGAGUCAUAACAAAAAAUAAAAUAUUUUUUGUGACUUGUUUUUCAUGUUUGUACAUUAUAUUUAUUGAUGAAUUUAAAAAAAAAAUCUUCUUAUUCUAGGCAUUACAUAUUCAUAUAAGUGAUGAAACAUAUAAAUUACUUGAUCAAAAAUUAUAUGUAUUUGAAGAACAUUCGAAAAUGACAAAAAAUGGUUCUUUAUUAAUGAAUACAUAUUUUGUAUUAAAUAAAAAAGAUCGAUCAGAAAAUAUUCAAAUAGGUCCAUUUCAUCAUGUUUUCGAAGAAAUGAAACGACAAGAAAUUGAAGAAACUAAAUUAAAACAAACGACAAUUGUUAAAUCUGCAAAAAUUGAUGAUUCUCUACCACUUACAUCAAAAUCAAAUGGUUUUCUUCAAUCAUUAAGUGCAAGUAAUUCUAUAUCUAGAUUAGCAGGUUCUGUUGAAUUAACUGUAUCAAAUAAAAUAAAUAACAAUCAUAUUAUAUCACAUCUUGCUGAAAAUAGUAUAACAAAUCCUAGAAUUGAUAAUAAUCAAUCAUCAAAAAUGCAUGAAACUGCUAAUGAACCACGUCAAUCAAUAAAAUCCUUUCAAGGACGAUUACGUAGUAGAACAUCAUCAAUGAUCAAUCAUUCAAUUUCUCUACAAAAUGAACGUAUAAAACGUCGUCAUUUUGUUUUACUUGCAUUAAUAUUUCUUAUCUCAAUAUCCAGUUUACUGACGAUCUAUAUUUUAUUUCCAAAUAUUGAUCCUGAAGAAAAAAGUGCUUUUAAAAUUCCGAAAACAAUUGAUGAUGCAAAAAUUCUUGGUUCAAUAUUUUUAAGCAUUUUAGCUAGAUUUCUUUAUCCAUUUCCCAUAGCACUAUUUCUUGUUUGUUUAUGUUCAUCAUUGGGUGCUAGUUUUUGUUAUUUACUUUCGAAAUUAUUUGGUCGACGUAUUUUAUUAAAAUAUUUUCGAAUGAAAAUUAUUGAUUGGCAAAGAAAAGUUCAAAAACAUUCAGAUAGUCUUUUAUGGUUUAUUAUUUUUCUUCGUAUAACACCUAUUUUACCAAAUUGGUUUAUAAAUCUUUGUUCCCCUAUUAUUGAUGUACCAUUAAAACCAUUUUUUUUUGGUACAUUUGUUGGUGUUGCAUUACCAUCAAUAUUAUUCAUUCAAGCAGGUAAAACAAUUCAUCAAUUAUCAUCACCAUUGGAUGUUUUUUUUUCUGGAGUUCAAUAUUGA